GUUUAUUGUUAUUAUACUUGUAUUCACGUAAAACUUCCCAAUAUGGCCGACUUCAGAAUGGAAGGCUUGAAAACCAAAAAUACCUAGAUUCAAAUCCAUAGCUCAAAUCGAUUCUUCCAACCUUCCUUGCAUUUCUUCUGUGGUAGAUUAUUCUGAUCGACGAUCGACGCUGCGGCCCGUGUUUGUGAUUUUGAAUAUUUGUGUUUUGAGUUUUCUAUUUGAUUUUGUUCUGUGUUCUUUAAUUUAGCUUGUAGUUCUUGUUAUAUAGUUAUCGUUUUGUGUUUGUGUUGUUUGUAUUUUUAUAGUAUUCGGUAGUUUAAUAAUAUGGCCAGUACAAGCUUUUUUUUUAAAGAAACAUUUAGCAAUAAUCCGUUGCCAAAUAUUUCGGAUAGUGAUAAUGAAAAUCAAAUGGAUCAGGAAGCUAUGUCUCAUCCACAAAUUUGUGGGAAUAAACUAGCCCAGAUAUUUGUAAAAAAUGUCUACAAUUAUUUUGUGAAGAAUUUUCCUCAUAUAAGUCCCCUUCAGGAAACAGCACGGGCUUUACAAAUUAGCUGCAAGUCAGUUUCGAAAUAUAAAGAAGGUCCAAAAGACGAGUUAGUUGGGAAGACUUUAAGACAGAAGAAGAAAUUGAAGACAGCUGAUGUUGGGAAUGGCACCAAAGACCAAAUAAGAUGUGAAAUAUACAAUAUGUACAAUAAUUCAUACACAAAAAAAAUUAGGAAAUACAAUUAUAAACUUAAAACACUUAAGGUUUGUAAUAGAUAUAGUUAGAAUAUCAAACAACAGGUAUGUUGUAAUGAGUUAGUAAAUGCAUGGUUCAUAUUCCAAGUUAUUUCAUGUAGAAUUUCUCAGAUAGUGCAUUUAUAAAAAAAAGAGAUUAGAAAAAUUAGAUUUCAUAUAGUUAUUUCAUUUAGAAUUUAAUUAGAAAAUGUGUUCAUAACUUUACGGAUGGCUUAUAUUCCAAGUAGUUAUUUCAUGUAGAAUUUCUUAGAUAAUGUGUUUAUAACUAUAUUAUGAAUGACUCAUAUUCCAUGUAGUUAUUUCAUUUAGAAUUUAAUUAGAGAAUAUGUUGACAACAAUGCUAUGCAUGGCUCAUAUCCCAUGUUUCCAAUUCAUGUAGAAAUUAUUAGUGCAUGUGUUCAUAACUAUACCUAUUUCUAACAUUAUCUAUGCUUAAAUCAUGAAAAUAGAGUUGUGCCUUUGGCAUGUGUGCUUGCAGGAAUUAUCAAUAUCAUUAGGUGAUAAUAUAAUAUAUUUAACCAUUUUUCAGUUGCAUAGUAUUUAAUUUAUAGUAAAAUAUAUUUAGUAUAUAAUACCAUUAAACUUUUAAU